GGCCUUCGUCGAAAUAGUAAAUUAGAUCAGUUCAUUCAAUCAACUGUAAUUGUACUUAGAUCAACAUAUUACGUUCAUGUCGCCGUGUUCAUUUGGUACUACAGUUCACAGAAAUGGCCCAUAGUAUCAUCCAAGGAAUUGAUCGGUCAUAUGUUUUAUGCUAUAUUUUUAGCGAUUCAUGUUGGAUUAGUGUUCCAACUGAUUAUCCUUGGGCCAUUUGUAUCGUUAAUUGUAGAGAAAGUUGGUAACAAACGAUUAUUCAAAACUGGAUCUUCACAAAUGGUAAAUUUACCGCUCACAAGAAAUGGUGGAGCUCAAUAAGAGGAAGAAUUUAUUCAAGUUGUCAUCUAUUUUCUCUGAUAACCAUGCAGAAAAUAUUACAUGGGAAUCGAAAAUAAAUUUCAAGUAUUUUCGCCUCAAACUUAUUUCUUCUCUAUUUUCGAAAUUGAAAUUAUAUCAAUUGUUGUGGCAAAUUAGUUCUUUGUCGUUGAGUCCUAAUCACUAUGUGAACUUGAAUAUUCAAUCCUAUUUUCAACUAAUCGAAGGCUCAUUGAAUCAUUCAAGUGAAAAAAUGCAAAUUGGUUGUUGAAUGAAAAAUUUAAUUGGUCAAUUGCUCAUUUGAUUGAAUAAGGUUCUCAAGUUAUUGUGAUCAUUUUCGAUUGAUAAUAUAAAAGUCAAUUGAUUCAAUUGUCAUAUUUUUAUGAAUGUUUGAAAAUUACAAUCGAUAAAUUGUUACAAUUGAUAAGAUUAAUCUAAUUGUUGCAUAAUUGAAAUCACUGUAGCUGGUUGAUAAUGAAAUUUCUGGUUGAUUACAUUGAUUUAAUUGUUAUUACCUCUCAUCAUCAUUGUUACUAUCAAAGACUGUGCUGGGAAAAUUAAAAUGAAAGGGAAUCAGUACAAUGUUUUACCCUCUGCUCCACUAGCCACUGUUGACCCUUUUAACUGUCCACCUCCAGCUUAUUCCAGGUCACCAAGAGUCUCAACUCACUUGGGUCGAUUCGAUUCACUUUACAAUAGACCUUCUAAUGUGCAACAAUUUCCAUCACCACAACCAAUAAAUGGAUCACAAUCAACAGAUAGUGAAGUAGAUGGAUCAAAAAUUUUCGGUGCUUAUCCUAGAAAUGUGUACUGUCUCUCUUGUAAACAAACUGUUGUCACUUCGAUUAAUUAUAAAACUGGAAUAGUGACCUGGUUGACCUCAGUGGGUUGUUGUCUACUUGGUGGUGUCAUUGGUUGUUUUCUAAUCCCUUGUUGCACGGAUUUUACUCGAGACGUUGAACACUCUUGUGGCAAUUGUGGACCGAAAGUUGGUUUAUAUCGACGAAUCUGAAAAAUUAGCUCCCACUUUUUAGAUGACAAAACUGAAUUAAACAAUUAAUGUUAACGAUCACUUGAAAUAAACACUUUUAUUUUGAUUA